AUGGCCAUGAGGACGGAAAAUUUCGGCUCCAUGCAGGCGUUGCUGGCUGCGGUUCUUGAAGAGGACGAUGAUGACUUCACAGCAGCGGUCCAGCGGUUGAUUUACGUCACUUGGGAAGCCCGCAACUCCUUGGUUUUCAAUGGUCGACGCUUGGAGGUGGUGGAUGUGCUCCGUCGAGCCGCCACACUCAUGCCAUGGAAUGAUGGAGUUCAAAUUCCAGGUCCGGCCACGGGUUCAAGCUGUGCAUCUUGGAAGAGGCCAGAGGUAGGAGUUAUUAAACUUAAUUUUGAUGCUUCAAUUAAGAAUGGUUUGGGGGGCUUUGGUAUGGUGGCAAGAGACUCAAAUGGGGAGAUUGUAGGGGCUGCUGCUUUAUACCCCGUAAAUGCUCCUUCUCCUUUGCUUGGUGAAGCUUCUAGUUUCCGAUGGGCGCUACAAUUAGCGGUGCAUUUUGGCUUCCGUUCAGUGUGUUUUGAAACGGAUUGUUUACAGCUUUUUGAGUGGUGGAAGAAGGGGAGAACUGGCUUAUCUUAUUUGGAUACUAUUGUUAGGGAUUGUCGUCUACUAGCUACGGCUUUUAGUUCUUUUAAUUUUGCUUUUGUAAGACGCACUGGUAAUUUAGUUGCAGACUUUCUGGCUAAGCAUGCCUCUGACUUCCCCAAUUCUGUUUGGGUGGAUGAGGUUCCGCAUGCUGUGGAUCACUUGGUGAUCAAUGAUGUAAUGGCGUCUUCGCCUGUUUUGAUUUAA